GCCAUCUCGAGAGACGCGGAGCAGAUGACUAGCAGACGACAAACGACGCCCUUCCGCUGUUUCCGCGCUCACUUCCGGUUAUGCGAGAAGAGGGUGUGUGUUGGUGUUUUUUAUUCGUCUGGAUGUGUAGCUAGUUUUUAAUCCCCCUUAAUCGUAAUGGAUAGUCAAGGUAAAAAAGUAAUUAUAUGCGACAACGGUACAGGGUUCGUCAAAUGCGGAUAUGCGGGAUCAAAUUUUCCGGCUUUCACAUUCCCGUCGCUCGUGGGAAGGCCCAUCCUACGAGCCGCCCACAAAAUAGGCGACAUCGAGAUAAAGGACGUGAUGGUGGGCGACGAGGCGUCGAAGCUGCGGUCGAUGCUGGAGGUGGAGUACCCGAUGGAGAACGGUAUAGUGCGCAACUGGGAUGACAUGUGCCUGGUGUGGGACUACACCUUCGGGGAGCAGAAGCUGAACAUCGAUCCCGGGGAGUGCAAGGUGCUGCUCACCGAGCCUCCCAUGAACCCGCUCAAGAACCGCGAGCGCAUGAUCGAGGUCAUGUUCGAACGCUACCAGUUCGACAGUGCCUACAUCGCCAUCCAGGCCGUGCUCACCCUCUACGCGCAGGGCCUAUACACGGGGGUGGUGGUGGAUUCCGGCGACGGCGUGACCCACAUCUGCCCGGUCUACGAGGGCUUUGCCCUGAACCACCUGACCCGGCGACUGGACAUUGCCGGCCGGGAUAUCACGCGCUACCUCAUCAAGCUGCUGCUGCUACGUGGCUAUGUGUUCAACCACUCUGCAGACUUUGAGACAGUGCGCAUGAUCAAGGAGAAGCUCUGCUUCGUCAGCUACAACGUGGAGCAGGACCAGAAGUUGGCCCUCGAGACCACCUUCCUCGUAGAGUCCUACACUCUGCCGGACGGGCGCACGAUCAAGCUGGGCGGGGAGCGGUUCGAGGCCCCCGAGGCCCUGUUCCAGCCGCACCUGAUCAACGUGGAGGGCCUGGGCAUGGCGGAGCUGCUCUUCCAGACGAUUCAGAGCGCCGACAUGGACGUGCGCCCCAAGCUCUACAAGCACAUCAUCCUGUCCGGGGGGUCCACCAUGUAUCCCGGUCUGCCGAGCCGCCUUGAGCGAGAGAUCAAGCAGCUCUACCUGGAGCGGGUGCUCCGGGGGGACACGGACAAGCUCAUGAAAUUCAAGAUCCGAAUUGAGGACCCUCCCCGGCGCAAGGACAUGGUGUUCAUUGGCGGCGCCGUCCUGGCUGAAGUGAUGAAGGACAAUCCCAAGUUCUGGAUGUCUCGGCAGGAGUACGAGGAGAAGGGAGUGAGGGUGCUCGACAAGCUGCUCACGGGCACCGCCGGCUUCUAGGGUGCCACCCAGGAACGGCCAGAAUCCCCUGAAGACGCGCCCUUCGACGGUGCACCGGCCACCCGAACCCGUCAGUCGUCGGCGCCAACCCGUCGACUGCACCAACUCCAGGCGCACUAGAGCUUUCUGUCUGUGCGACUCGCAGUGCAGUCGUCAAAGGUUCGUAACAUUCGGGACUGCCUCUUGUGUGCGUCACCUCUUCGGCGUAUCGCUCUGGUGUGACAACGCACACCCCGCCGAAGCUGGCGCCUCGAGGCAACACCACCAAUACUCCAUUUCACUGUACGUUCGGCCGCAGCAGGCUGUACGAGCCACACGGCACGAGACUACGCUUUCUGCGCGUCACGUGCUUCGUUGCGGGUCCCGGAAAGCUCGCACGGCCUUAGAUUGGCUCCGACGGCUCCUGUCAUCCGCUGUGGUUGGAUGUAAGGUGAAACGGGGAAUAGAAUUAUUAAAGCCAGCACACACUAGCAUUGCAACGUCGUCGCGGCGAGAUGGAGCGCAGAUGUGGAUUGGACGAAAGUGCCACGUCGGCGUUCGGCUGGGCUUUGUGUUCAAUCAGUACUUCGAAGGAUGCUCGAUGUCGGGUCCGAUCGUCGAGCCAGCGACAUCCGAACGCGACGACGUUACAUGGGGGUAGUGGAGGUUGUUUGCGAGCUUUUAUUGUUUGAGGGGGUGUUGGGCGAUGUUUCGUCCCGUCGUAUUUGAUCUGUCGGUGACUGCACAAACUGCGUCUGCGAGCAUGCUCGCACCCGCAUCCGUGCGCCGCCGAGCCUGCGUAUUUUUGUAAAACCGUGCAUUCUGUUGUCACCGGCCCAACAACUGUUUGCUGGCAGAUUUGGUAGCGGCGGUUGCGGGACUAGACGGCGUUGGAUGCGGGUUUCGCAUGCAUGGCUCGAGAGAAAAAAUGACUGGCAACUGCCUCCAGAGUUUUGGCUAGCAUUGCUCAUGUCGGUUAGCGGGUUUUUGCGGCGGGGAUGUCGAAGGGCGUUGCUGGUGCGAGAUGAAACGAUGGCGUUUCCAUCUUGCAUUUAAGUCGCGCGGUGGGUUUUUGUGUCGUUCAACGAAGGCCCAGGUGCCCGACUCUUGCCGACACCUUAUUCCAUUACUUAGUUCGUCUUGGGCCUUGAUCCCAAUUUACGCCUAUUUUUAUAUAGAUAUUUUGGGCAACGAAUGCCCAUAAACCACUUUUGGUUUGGCGGCGUUUUAUUGCCGCGUUUUUUUUUUGUCUCCUUUAUUUGUUUGGAAAGCUAGAGAAUUUUCAUUAUGCGAAAGGAAUUUCGUUUUACCGUUUUCUACACUCGGUAGUUACGACCUCUGUCGAUUGCCUUUCUUUGGCCAACUUCUUUUCUUUCUAUAGCCGCUAGUUAGUCAUUGUUUGAUUUUGCGGUGCUUCACGUUGACGUGAAGUCGCUCAAAAGCUCGGUGUGCAAUCCGUCUCUUUUUUGUUUUAAUUUCAAUCUCGUAGUAAUGCAUAUACUGUCUAUUGUCCUCAACUACACCAAACUGUACAUAACCGCGCCACAUUGCACUCUUAGGCGAGGGUCACAUUUGCAGGCAAAUGAACUACGGUAGGCCGCAAAGUUUCGUGCAAGGAAGCGACGAGAAAUAAAAAGAACACCGAUGGCACUCGUGUGUCCGCGUUGUCGAGCGACCGUUGUAACAUAUUGUAUUAUAUAAAGUAACACUAGUAGAGUGAUGUGAUCACCAGAGCGAAGGUUUGUCCGUCUAGGUGAUUGUUGCCCGUUGUUCUAGGCUUCGACAUGCUAGAGCGAGUACCGAUUUCUGGUCAAACCAUUCCUGCGUCGGUUGUGGUUUAGGGCUCCCAGUGUUUGUCGUUAACCACCUUAACUGAAUCGAUUUGUUGUGUGCGGAGCGCCGAAUAUUCUUUUCGAAGGGCGUCCCAUAAAAAUGGACCGGAGUUUUGGGGCCAUUUGCGUGUGUACGUUUUUUUUCCCCUUCAAUAAAUGCCAUCUGUCUGAAUGACAAA